AAACCCGCCCAAAAAUCUACUUAUCGUCUGCAACACGAAAAACACAGAACACUAGAGAGAGAUGCGUUGCUAUGGAUUAAUGAUCCCAGGGAGCGAAACCACUCGCUUCUAUCAAUCACCGUUGAAGCCUGACCCGAAUCCAAUUCUCCGGGUUAAAACCGUUUCAAGAAUCCCAAUCGGGUCCUUCAAAACCAAAGCCACAAUAAAUGCAAAAGUCGGCGCAGAAUUGGGACAGAUGAGCUUUUAUGAGCUACUGGGUAUAACAGAAUCCGGGACAUUGCCGGAGAUAAAACAAGCGUACAAGCAAUUGGCAAGAAAGUACCAUCCGGAUGUUUCACCGCCGGACCGGGUCGAAGAGUAUACCCGGAGGUUUAUUCGGGUUCAAGAGGCUUAUGAGACUUUAUCGGAUCCCAGGAUGAGAGAGAUUUAUGAUCGUGAUAUGGCUAAAGGUCUUCAUUUAGCUUUCUCUGCUAGGAGACGUUAUCCUCAUCAAAACGACGAGGAAAUGGAAGAGAGAACUGAGUGGAAGAAUCGCUGGCAGUCUCAACUGUCAGAGUUGAAGAGAAGAAGCAUGAACAAGGAUGCUGGUGGGAGCAUGUCAUGGGCAGCUCGAAUGCGAAGACAAAGGGAGGGAUUAUCUGAAGAACUUUAGAUAGGUUUUGUUUUACUUUGUAUAUACUUGCUUUUACACGUUCCUUGUAUAGAUGUUCACGAAGAACUGUCUGGUUAGCAUUGCUACAAGCAGCAAUAAAGUUAGAUCAGCAAACAGUUUUCUGAGAUUGGAAA